UGUUGUCCAAAGUUUGUAUUAAAUGAUUGCUAUUAUCAUUGACUUAACAAUUAUUAUCAUUAAAAUCAAGAUCUGAACCCAAAUUUACUCUAAUUUUUUCACAAACACUACUUCUUGUAAUAUUUGAAGAAACAAUUUCUUAAUAAAUUAUUUCAAUAAUGUUUUUGACCACAAAUUGUUUUAUAUCAUCGAAAACUUUGGUUAAUGUUUUACUGCGAAACAGUGGUCGCAAUAUCACCGCUGGAAUCAAUGGUCACAAGAGAUGGACACUAAAUACUCUAAAUAAUGUAAGACAUUUGUCAACUGUCCCAUUGACUCAGUUAUCUGAAGAAGAAUUGGCAAUGAAAGACAUUGUUAAGAGAUUGUCUGUCGAAAAGAUCCAACCGUUGGUCAAACAGAUGGACGAACAGUCAAUGCUCGACAAGAGUGUCAUUACAGCGCUCUUUGAAAAUGGGUUAAUGGGAGUAGACAUUGAUCCCAAAUAUGGUGGCACCGGAUCGUCAUUUUUUACAGCUAUGCUUGUGAUUGAAGAAUUAGCAAAAGUUGAUCCAUCGGUCAGUGUUUUUUGUGACGUUCAAAACACUUUAGUGUCGCAAACCUUUCAUCGAUUCUCUUCUGAAGAACAAAAGGCUAAGUAUUUACCACGGAUUGCAAACGACACCGUCGGAUGCUUUUGUCUGUCAGAACCAGAUUCAGGUUCGGAUGCAUUUGCUAUGAAAACAACAGCUGUAAAGCAAGGGGACAGUUGGGUAAUAAACGGAACCAAGUGUUGGAUCACGAAUGCAGAACACGCCGGCAUAUUUUUAGUCUACGCUAAUGUUAAUCCAGCGGCCGGUUAUAAGGGCAUCACUUGUUUUGUUGUCGAUGGCGGAACUCCCGGUCUUUCAGUUUCCAAACACGAAGACAAAUUGGGUAUCAGAGCUUCGAGUACAUGUCCUGUCAUUUUUGAUAAUGUUAAGGUUCCAGAGUCUCAUGUUAUUGGACAGGUAGGACAGGGAUAUAAAUACGCUAUAAGCACCUUAAAUGAGGGUCGUAUUGGUAUUGGAGCACAAAUGUUAGGUUUAGCUGAAGGCUGUUUUGAGCACUCGGUUAGGUAUACAUUAGAGAGAAAGCAAUUCGGACAACGAAUUUUUGACUUUCAGGGAAUGCAACACCAAAUUUCACACAUAAACGCCGAGAUUGAAGCCGCAAAACUGUUGGUUUACAACGCGGCCCGACUUCGAGACGCUAAGAAACCGUUCAUUAAAGAAGCGGCGAUCGCUAAAUAUUAUGCCUCUGAAGUGGCCGCUCAUACAACCACUAAGUGUGUCGAAUGGUUGGGUGGAGUUGGCUUUACCCGCGAUUUUCCCGUUGAAAAAUACUAUCGAGACUGUAAAAUAGGUGCCAUAUAUGAAGGAACUUCUAAUAUACAGCUCAAUACUAUAGCUAAACAUAUUGCUGAAGAAUUUAGUUAAACAUAUUAUAUAUUUUUAAAUUGAUUUUUUAUACUCAAAACUAUAGAGAAAUCUCCUAUUUUUAUAAUUGAUUUUU